AACUUGACAAAAAAAACCACUUCCACUUUACACACUCACCCACACACACCCACACACACACAUACACACACACAUAACUCUUUAACCAGUAAAGCUUGUAGUCACUCAGAACUAUUUAGUGUCGACAUCUUUCCACCUCAGAGCUGCACUGGACUGUCUUCAGCCAUGGAGGAUGACGAUGACUAUCAGUACUGGCUCUUCCAGAAGCUGUUGAAUGAAACAGAAAACACCACAGACCCGAGCUAUGUGGUUAGUAAAACUGUCCAGCUCUGUGAGAAAAACACCGUCAAUCAGUUCGGUGCCACAGUCAUCCCAGCGUUCUACUGUGUCAGCUUCAUUCUGAGCUCCAUAGGUAACGGGCUGGUCCUCCUCAUCAUCUACAAGUUCGAGAAGCUCAACACCGUGACCAACAUCUUCCUGCUCAACCUGGUCCUCUCCAACAUCCUGUUUGCCUCCAGCAUGCCAUUCUGGGCCGUCUACCACAUGUCCGAGUGGAUCUUUGGCACAGCUCUGUGCAAAAUUGUCAGUAGUGCCUACUUCAUCGGUUUCUAUAGCUCCAUCCUCUUCCUCACUCUCAUGACGUUUGACCGGUACUUAGCAGUGGUGCACGCGGUGGCAGCUGCCAAGAGCAGGAAGAAGGUGUAUGCCAUCAUUUCUUCCGUGGUGGUUUGGUGCCUUAGUAUCGCAGCAAGUGUGAAGGAGCUGGUUCUUCGGAACGUGUGGAAGAACACGCUACACGGACUGAUGUGUGAGGAGUCGGGAUUGCCCGCUAGCACCAUGGAGCAGUGGCGCCUGUUCAGCUACUAUCAGCAGUUCCUGCUCUUCUUCCUCCUCCCUCUGAUAAUGGUGAUGUAUUGCUACAUCAGCAUCACACUGCGCAUCCUCAACACGCGCAUGAAGGGGAAGUGCCGCGCCAUCAAGCUGAUUUUUGUUAUCAUCUUGACCUUCUUUGGCUGCUGGACUCCCUACAACGUGGUCAGCCUCCUUCGAGUGAUUCAGAUUUCUCAAAGUCGCAGGGAAGAGGGUUUGUGUUCUGAUUCGGACGGCUUAGACUUCGCCUUUUACGUGACCAGGAACGUCGCUUACUUGUAUUGCUGCAUUAGCCCGGUGUUCUACACGUUUCUAGGGAAGAAGUUCCAGAGUCAUUUGAAAAGGCUUUUGGGUAAAAAUGUCCCCUGUCUGAAGGGACAAGUGAGCCUGAACAGCCACAGCACCAGAACCAUGUCACAGCGGAGCCCACAUUCAGUUUACGAAUAAAGAACCGAGCCUGCUGGACUCCUGAUUAUAGUAAACAUCAGUCUAAUCACAAUUAGCUGUACUUAGGCCCUGUCCACACGUAGCCGGGGAUCUGCCAAAACGUAGAUAUUUUUCUACGUUUUGGCCUGUCAUCCACACGAAAACGGAGUUUUUUCACACGAAAACGGAUCUUUUUAAAAACUCCGGCCAAAGUGAAGAUCUGCGUUUUCUCCGUUUUGGGUGUCUGCGUGUGGACAGACAAAACCGGACUUUUAAGGUCCGCAACGUCACUUUCCGCGACAAAAAAUGCUGACAUCACGUGUGCGACCUGUGUUUACACUAGCCGACAGCAUGGAAGCCCUCAGAGCUGCGCUCGCUUUAUCAAUUGUCCAAGCGCUUUUUGCUUGUUUGUUUAUGCAAGCGGAAUUACUGCUCCUUGCGGAAGACCACAGACGAAGGACGAGGUUAAGAACGGGGGAAGUACUGCCGCCUACAGGUCUGGCAUGUCCUUAACAACGUAUUUAUCCAGGUACGUGUGGACAGAGUUUUGUUUUAAAACGAGGUGGUGUGGAUGGAUGCAAGUUUUUGGAGGGGCGGAUAUUCGUUUUCAAAAACCCCGGCUACGUGUGGACUAGGCCUUAAUCAGCUUUGAUUCAUUUCAAAAGCCUUAAAUCCUGAAGUAAUUGUCCCAGAUCCUUCUGCUGUAGCCAUCCUGGAGCCUCUGAUCAACUGUGUAUGACAUCAUCAAUCCAGUCAUUUACCCUGAUGUGUUCAACUGUGUCUGGAUUUAAUCAAUGUGUACUUUUUAUGAUUUAUUAUGAAAGAAGAAAAUGUUCUUUAACAUGUAAAAUUUAAAUAUAUGGAUGCUUUGAAAGCUUUUUUUAAAAUCCUGUCAUAGAAAAGUUUCUCAAUUUAAACAUUUCAAUAAAAUGUAGAAUGGCAGUAA